AUGUCAACUUUGAAUAGCUUUUGUCGGAUUAUCUUAUUACCUGAAAACAAACAGGUGGACCAGGCGGAAGAAAAUCAAUGGUUACGUAAGCCUUAUGUUUCUAUUAACUGGAAACCAGAACGAAGCAAAUCAAUAGAUUUCCGUCAAUCGAAAGACAGAAGUGGUCAGUUGCCAGGUGCCGAAUUCGAAUGUGGUUCCCACCAGUGCAAAAUAGGCACAGAAAACAGUGCUGGUCUCGACAGCCGGUUUGGGCAACCGGACAGUAUCCCAGCCCUCGUGCUUCCUUCUGGUGGCAUGGCAGUUAGGCACCAGAAGGGUGCUACAGCUGAACAAUUUUACAUCCAAGUCCUGUGA